AGUCCGUCUAGGUUUUUUUUUUCUAAGUAAUGGUCGACUUUACAGCUAGGCCUAGGACAACCACAACUCCAAGGUCUAGCGUGCCUCCACGAGCAGCCGCUCUCGUCAAUUCGGAUGUUUCGGGCAUCGUCUACCUAAAAGAUUUGGUGCGCAUCUUUCAAAAGGUUUCGAAAUAGUAGCUGCUACUGCUACUUCUCGGAAAUAAAUCAAGGUUGAAAAGAAUGAACAAGCAGGUGGAGAUCCAGCUCCAGCCGGGUUCGAACCCUUUCUGGUUCGCCAUUCUCGACGGGCUGCACCCCCUCCGGCCGGAGGAACGGUUGUUCCGUGCAACCAGAUGCAUCAUGACGCAGGUGAUCGUGGAAAGAGAUCAUGACAGCCGACGCGUUUUCGAAGCGGACAAUUUCGUCAACGAGGAUUUUUUCAGCUCCAACGUGCACGUGUUCGAAUACUACGGGGCGAAGGCACCCAAAGCGGAGCAGAUCCGCGACUUCCACGUGCGGGAUUUUGACAAACACUUCCUCCUCGACCCGUCUUCGUUUCCGAAAAUCACCGACGUCAACAGCGGAGUCGGGCAGGGUGCGCACUUCAACCCCUUAGCCCCCGACGUGGGCGGGAGUUGUCCGGUGGAGGCGUUGCCGCGGGACGAAGACUGGACGUUCAUGGAGGAACUGGACACGGAUUUACCAGAGGAUUCCGUGAUAGACAACUUUUUGAAGACCAAGAUGCGACUCCGUGACGACUGCCGGAAAGAUUUGCUGGCGCAAGCCGGGGUGUUUUCCUACGUCAAGAUCCAGAUUCAAAACAAAUUUCUCCCAAGGCAGACGUUUGAAACGUAUCAAUGUUUUUCAUUGCGCCCGCUCGUUCCUCGAUUCGGAUGUACUGUAGGAUGAAAGUUAGUAUAGAGAUCAUGCCAUCGCGGCAUCACAAAAAUGAAGCAUGUGUGCAGCACGCAGUAGGAGAUCGAUCCAAAAAAUCAAAAGGUACGUGAGCUUACGUGCAAUUCUGCAAGACCCCGGGCGCUGGUUGAAGGGCGUUUGGCUAGACCUGCUCCCACCAAACGCUGGCCUGGAUCCGUCGGUGAUGCACAAUUUGUCACUGCAGCGGGGCCGCUUCAAGACAAACACACCGAAAGUAUAAUCAUGAUUCAAUGGUAUUGUUGGUGUGCAGCUGGUGACGAGUUUUUCAUUUUUGCUUCAUUGUUCCACUUAGAAGAAAGCCUCGCUGUUUAUUUUCUCGAGUGGCCUCCUGGGCAUUAAUAUCGAAACUGGAAAUCAAGAUCAACAGUCUUUCUAGAAGCUGUGGAGAUGGUCGUUUCAACCCCACAUGAUCUUCUUCAGAUCAAAGUCUGCGCCGGUCUGGGUCUCUCCGACGCGCAUAUCCAGUCCCUCCUCGAGCCCAACCUCGGCCCCUCCUGGACCGACGUGCUUAGGGAGGGUUUUCAAGAGACCGCACACCAACUUUCCAUCGCGAGGGCGGAGCUGGCCAGCCACGGCCUCGAACUCUCCACCGGCGGCGUGGCAGGCGGAACAUCAAAUGUAGGCGACAAAAACAAAAACCCGAACGAGUUUUCCUCCGCCGCAACAACCACCAGUGGCGCCACGGUGAGCAAGCGACCACGGUCGGACGCGAAGUCUUUGAAGCACUUGCACCUCGAGAAGGAAGAGUGGCGGUUGCACACUUGGAACCUGGCCUCGUUGGUGGACCAGCUGAGACGAGAUGUGUUGCAGAAAGAACAGGACGUGCGGGACUACUUUCUCCGCGAUCAACCCCUGAAGAUCAGCAUACCAAUCGUGGACAGCGGGACCUCCGGGACGAGCGGAGAAAUACGGGGUGCUAGUGGUGCAGCUGUGAUGAACGCCGGCAGCAUGCAGCAGAAAAAUAAGCCAAGCGGUGCGGGCGGAGGUGGCAACUCUGGGCGCGGGACGGAAAUGCAGAGGCCAGUGAAGAAUGUUCCUGUAGUCACGAAAGUUGCCCAACGGAAAAUGGCCAGGAUGCAGUAUGUGUAGAUGAAAUUUUGUUCUUUAUUUCGGGGCCCAGGAGAACAGGCGUACUGCUUUUGCGACCCCACGCAACCAGCCAAACAAAAAAUUAUAUGCUCUUUUUUGUAAAAAAAUACUCAACUACUAACAACUACUCCCUCGUGAAUAUCAAUUUCCUAGAAACCAUUUCGCCAUCGUGUAUGAUCAUGAAACUGAAAGGGUGGAGUGCCACUUCUUUGUACAAAACGAUAGAAACAUGUCGAACAAUGACAGCACACUACUUUUUCCCGACUGUGACUUAGCAAGUCUCUUGAUGAGCCUAAGUGCUCUAU